AAUAUGUUACACAUUUGAAAACGUCAAAAAUUUAACAAAAAUUUUAGUUUACAGUUUUUUAUUUAUGCAAAGUUACAAAAUUUCAAGUGAAAUAUGUAGUCAAAAUAAAAAUUUUAUUCCCGAUGAUGAAACUUAUAGACAAAAAAUUAAGAAUAUAAAACACAAGCAUGUUUUAGAACACAAAGAGACAACAAGGGACCCAAAAAUAAAUUCUCAUGAUUCGUUACCUUUUAUAAUACAUAAACUACCAGUUUCGCCGUGUAUAAAGUUGGAGAACAAAAACAAUGUCAAAAGUUUAUUUAAAAGAAGUCAUAAACAAAAUUGUUCCCAAUCAGAAGAAAAGAAAACCACUACUUUGCUAGAAAAUGCAGCAGUUGGACCAAGUAAACCGCUUAUAGAUAUUAGUACACUAUUAAAUGAUCCGAAUAUAUUUCAAAAUAGAAGUGCAGUCACCGUGUGGAACGGAAUUGUAAAACAGAAACCAAAUAGAGAUGCUGCAAAUCUAGUUAAAGUAUGUGCAAAGCAUAGGAAACAAUACUCACCACAAUCGAAAGAACAUAAAGAGCAUAAAGAACAGCAUAUAGGAUUUACUACCGAGUGUAAAAAUCAAAGAUCUACCCAGAAAAGUCUUCAAUGUGAAAAUAAUAGCACACAAGUUAGUUUUGUUGAAAAAAUAUAAAGAAAGGCCAUUACAUUUUUCCCAGUAAAGGUUAAAGAAAACGUACUACUGGAAAUAUGGAAACUCCCUAUGUAACCUGUAGCUAUUAAAAAUAAUUAUGUCAGCACAAGCAUGUAACAAGUACAACGACGUAAUUUUAGCUGUUCAUUCCGAGUAUCUAUAAUAUUCAUAAUGACUUCAACAAAUGAUCAAAUCAAAUGGAUACAAAAAUCAACCCCAAUUUCAUUCCCAUAAACAUAUGAGUUUAUAAAAAACUUAAACUAAAUAUACUAAUACACGUUACUUCACAAUAAUUAUUAACAGACUGAAUACUGAAAACAAUAUCAACAUGUGAAGUAGGACAUAAAGUGUAACAAAACAUUCAAAUAAAAUAUAUAAACCUGUUUUAAAACAAUUGGAAUCAUGAUAAACCAUCAAACUAACUCAUUCAAGAAGUAGUAAAGAAAUCCAGUGGCCUAUUACAAAUACAAUAACUGGAAGUUAUCUCUUAUAAAACAUUUACUAUUGAUUGAUUUACUCAUACAUUUAUGCUUAUUUAUGUAAAACACAUUUCUAAUGUUAAAACAAUAAAACAAAAUAAUCUUUAG